AGCUACAUCAACGUAGAUAUAGAUUUGCCCUGCCAAAUUCUUGCUCCCUAGCUAUCUACCUUCAUCUCUCUCGAUCGUCUUCUCCUCUUGAUCUCUGCAGCUAUCUAUCUAGCUUGGUCUAGGUGCUGUGUUCAUUUCGUAUAGGCAUCAGAAUAUCUCUCACCCAUACACAUCUCUCACUACAAACUAGAGGUUGCAGAGAGUGGAGGAGGAGGUUUUAGGGACAGAUACAUAAGAGCAUAUGGGGCUGAGGGACAUCGAGACGAGGCUGCCGCCAGGGUUCCGGUUCUACCCGAGUGACGAGGAGCUGGUGUGCCACUACCUGCACAACAAGGUGACCAGCCGCCGCUUCGCCGGCGCCUCCCCCGCUGGGACCAUGAUCGAUGUGGAUCUGCACGUCCACGAGCCAUGGGAGCUACCAGAUGUGGCGAAGCUGAGCACGAACGAGUGGUACUUCUUCAGCUUCCGCGACUGCAAGUACGCGACGGGGCUGCGAAAAAACCGGGCCACCAAGUCCGGCUACUGGAAGGCCACCGGAAAGGACCGCGUCAUCCGCAAUCAUAGGUCGUCAUCAUCGUCCAGCCGCGCCGCCAUCGCGGGCAUGCGGAAGACACUUGUCUUCCACCAUGGCCGAGCCCCCAACGGCACUAAGUCCAGUUGGGUCAUGCACGAGUUCCGCAUCGAGAACCCCCACUCCCCUCCCAAGGAAGAUUGGGUGCUGUGCAGAGUUAUCCACAAGAAUAAAACAGACACCGAGUCCGCCAUGGACAGCGAGCAGGAGGUCCUCCGCGACGCUGCCGUGAAGGGAUACAACUACGCCAGCUCCUCCAUGUGCCACAAUAAUCCGGAUUACCACUCUCCUCCGGCGCCGUUCCCCUCCCUUGUCAGCCACCAUUACGAGCUACCGUCGUCUUCCCACGACCUACAGUGCCUCAGCAUCGACGCCUUCUCCAGCAUGCCGCCGCUGCUGAACUAUGAUAGUAUCCUAGACUUCAGUCAGCACCUCAGCGACGGCCUAUGGGCGGCAGGUUCGAGAAUUGAUGGCGGGGACAAGUGCGACGAGGUGCUGAGGGACCUAGGGCUGAAGGAGGAGCACUACAACUACGACAACUUGUUGUAGAUGUAUCAUGCCAUGAGAUGUA